AUGGAGCCCUUCCUCAGGAAGCGGCUGGCCUUCCUGUCUUCCUUCUGGGACAAGAUCUGGCCGGCAGGCGCUCCAGAUGGUGGCAUCCACCGCUUCCCUGGCCCCGACAGGGACGCUGGGCUGGAGCCCCCUGCCUCCGAGUCCCGGGCCGCGGAGCCUCCCGCCCCCGAGCUUGGCCGCCCGCGGGUGCAGGGGCAGCUCGUCAGGGCUGUCUGCGACUUCUCGGCGCGGUGUGUGGACGAGCUGAGUGUCAGCUGCGGGGACAGGCUCUACGCCCUCAGGGAAGACGGCGACUAUAUCUUUGCUCGAAGGCUCUCUGGCCCGCCCAGCAUGGGGCUCGUGCCCACAGCCUGUGUGGCCAGGGCCACCCCGGAGACUCUCUCAGACCAACCCUGGUACUUCAAUGGCAUCAGCCGAACCGAGGCCCGGCGGCUGCUCCUGUCCCCGGCCAAUGCCCCAGGGGCCUUCCUCAUCCGGCCCAGUGAGAGCAGCCAGGGGGACUUCUCGCUGUCAGUUCGGGCCCAGGCCAGAGUCCGCCACUACCGCAUCUGCACGGCGGCCGACGGCGGCCUCUACCUGCAGAAGGGCCGUCUCUUCCCCAGCCUGGAGGAGCUGCUCACCUACUACCAGGCCAACUGGAAGCUGAUCCAGAACCCGCUGCUGCAGCCCUGCGUGGCCCAGAAGCCCCCCGAGCAGGACGAGUGGGAACGGCCGCGCUCCGAGUUUGCCCUGCACAGGAAGCUGGGCGAAGGCUACUUUGGGGAGGUGUGGGAAGGCCUGUGGCUGGGCUCGGUCCCUGUGGCAGUGAAGGUCAUCAAAUCAGCCAACAUGAAGCUGGCCGACCUCACCAAGGAGAUCCAGACGCUCAAGAGCCUGCGUCACAAGCGGCUCAUCCGGCUGCAUGCCGUGUGCUCCGUGGGCGAGCCGGUGUACGUCGUCACCGAGCUCAUGAGCAAGGGCAGCCUGCAGGCCUUCCUGGGCAGCCCCGAGGGCCGGGCCCUGAGCCCGCCUGUCCUGCUGGACUUCGCCUGCCAGGUGGCCGAGGGCAUGAGCUACCUGGAGGAGCGGCGGAUCGUGCACCGGGACCUGGCCGCGAGGAACGUGCUCGUGGGCGAUGCCCUGGCCUGCAAGGUGGCCGACUUCGGCCUGGCCCGGCUGCUCAAGGAUGAUGUCUACUCCCCGAGCAGCGGCUCCAAGAUCCCCGUCAAGUGGACGGCGCCCGAGGCGGCCAACUACCGUAUCUACUCCCAGAAGUCGGACGUCUGGUCCUUCGGAGUGCUGCUCUACGAAGUGUUCACUUACGGCCAGUGUCCCUAUGAAGGAAUGAGCAACCAGGAGACUCUGCAGCGGAUCGCGAGGGGCUACCGCCUGCCGCGCCCCGCCGCCUGCCCGGCCGAGGCGUAUGCGCUCAUGCUGGCGUGCUGGCAGGCCAGCCCGGAGGAGCGGCCGGCCUUCACGGCACUGCAGGAGAAGCUGGGCGCCAUCCGUGGGCGCCUCCCCCCUGCCCUCACGUGA